AUGGCUCAGGCGAGAGCAAAGACUAACAAGCCUGAAGCAGCCAAAUGGGAACCGGUUCAGACGGUGGAGGGCUACGUCAACGCCGUUAGACAUCUCUGUAGGGGGCCGUACCACAAGUCGAUUGGGAAAAGAGCGUGGGAUGACCCACAGAUUCUGUGGCUCAUACCUGACAGCUGGUACUCAGAAGCGCGCUGCGCCGGCAUUGAGAAGAUAUGCCGUGACGCAUGCAGAGCAAAGGGCUCCUCCAUGAUUUGGAUCCGAUGGGGUGACCAUAGUACCACGUUACGCGCCAUCAAAUGCACCGACACAGGGAAGAUAGAAAAGGUCGCAGAGCCGGAUGAUCCCCAUAUCACCGUGUACAUGGGCCACAGCGAGAAAUUCGAUUACGAAUGCCACUUGUAUCUGGUAUAUGAUCCAGAGAACCCCGAGGUGCCGCUCCGGCUGGCGCAAAGCCCACGAACGCAACUACGACUUCGACGGCACCAACACUCCCAAGCAGAUUACAUACCUGGACCGGAGAAGACUUCGCAACAAGGCCCUCGCCCAGCGUCUCCUCCCGCGCAACCUUGA